AUGACCUAUACAACCACAUCAUGGUCCUCAAAUGUACUGGAGAUCACUCUUCUAUACACUCUCAACUGCCUUAUUCCUGCUAUACUUGUGAUUGCCACAGCAAAACGGUCGGCUUUACGAUACCUAUCUAUUCCAUUCCUAUCCUUAAUCGCGCAUCGUUCCGUAAGCGUGGCCACAGCCUUAGGACCUGGUUUUGUGUGGUGUGAACUGGCUCGUCUCUUCAUGACCGUGGUUUUUCAAGCAUUGAAUCUGCUACUUAUAAAUCCAAUUGAUGGCUCAGAUAUCCCCAAAAAGAAAUCUGGCGAACUUAUCGCGCGUCUUUAUUAUGCGACGCGGCUCUUUACUCAGCCGCGUGGAAUCAACACGCCCUGGCAAAUUAAAAAUCCUCCCUCACACCCAGCCUAUUAUGCACGCAGGAAUCUGACCGGGCCUCCUCGGAGACAUUUUUUGCUACGUCAAAUAGCUAUUGCGAUAUGGCAAUAUUUAGCGUUGGAUGUUUUCGCCACUAUCGCAUUACAGCAGGCGCUCGAGCAGAAGAAGCAUGAACUCUUGCCGCCGACUGUUCAGUGGGAUUUGUCGACUGAGCAAUGGAUUGAAAGAAUAAUAUCGAAUCUCAUAGCUGGAUUCGUUGUUAGUAGGAUGCUUAUCGAUAUGUACCAUCGUGCAUUUUCAAUUUUCAUCGUUGGCAUCGGACUGGACUCUCCUGCAAACUGUCCUCCCCUCUAUGGAAGAGCGGCGGAUGCCGGUACACUGAGAGGGUUCUGGGGCAAAUUCUGGCAUCAAUUGGUCCGACAGCCAUUCAGCUCCGUGGGCGCGUUUAUCACCAGCGAUGUACUAGGUUUGCCGCAUAAAUCGUUACUGGAGCGAUACGCAAAUGUGAUACUUGUUUUCUUAUUUUCUGGUGGCUUGCACGUCAUUCUUGAUAUCGUUCAAGGAAUUCCAGGACAAGAAUCUGGAGCCAUGUUAUUGUUUAUGAGUGCGCCCUUGGGGCUCAUGAUUGAAGAUGGCAUCGUAGCACUUUGGAGAUGGCUUGGCGGGCCAAAUAAUGAAACCCAAGGAUCACAGAACAAGGGAAAUGCUUCACCAGCGUGGCAGAGAGUCAUUGGCUUCUGUUGGACUAUGGCGUGGGCAUCUGUUACCUCCACUUGGUACUUUUAUCCGCAAAUGCUCCGACCGGAAAACCAAAAUCUUGUUCCUUUCAGUUUCGCCAGCGUGGUUGGCCUGCCUAUAGUGGGAGGUGUCGUCCUGUUAUGGGUCAACCAACUACAACAGUCUAAGAAGCGAGUUGAUGAUUUAGAAAGCCAUAUACGAGAUUUGGCUAAUCUCGAUCGCGAAGAACGUGAUCAUCGUUUGACUGAGGUGAUACGAGAGUUCGAUCAUUUGAAGAUGGAAGAGAUUUCACCCAGUCAAGCGACUGAAAUAUCUCACUCUUAUGAUACUGAAAAUGAUGCCGAAGGGGAGAGUCUACCUUAUGGAAAUCCAGCGGAUUUUAGUAUCGGCGAGCAUGGAACAGUGAGUUCUCGGUGA